CCCUCCGACUAGCCCGCGCCGUAAACUACCGAAUAUACCGAACAGUCGUGUUCCGGCUUCGGGUCAAAUCUAUUUGCGGCCAGCGAAAUGGUUUUGAUCAGCUAACCUUCUUUCCUUCUGAAGUCCUCUCCCACGCAGCCACAGGUUAGACAGUUUUCUUUUGUCUCUGUAUCUUGGAGCAAUCAAAUACUGAGUCUCGGUUGGCAUUCAUAAAAUUCAUUAAUGUGCUCGGAGCUGUGAAAGAUAGAUAACUUUUGCUUCUAACUAUUACUGCUACUGUUUCAGGAUAAUUUAACCUAUCAUCGGGUCAUGAUUGUCUUCUUCUCUUAUAUCCUUGCCCUGUCUUCUUGAAGAAGGUUGAUUACAUGGAUGAUAGACAUGGAAAAUUAAAGAUAAUCUGUGAUCACUUUCAAGCUCCAACAUCAAGUGAAGAAUCUCUUGAAAACGGAACACCAACAACUUCUGAACCUAGAACUGAUAAAUACUCGAGGUCUCCUCAUCAUCAUCUGUGGACUCGAAGUAAAUUAAGAGCUGUUUCUAUGUUGAAAUUGUUUAGUCUACGGAGCCUAUCAUGGGGUUCUGGUAGUGGUGGUCAAGAAAAGGUUGAGCUAACAGCUGCAGAAAUAGAGUCACUUCGGUCAGAACUUGCUGAUAUAGAGGAGAGGGAAGCCCACUUGAAAGCUCAGUUGGAACAUGUUGAUGAGAUUUUGCGGUCCGCUCGUCUCUCUGGCUAUCUUCACAUUCGAAUGAGAUGGACAGCACUACCAGGAGAACCUCCACCCAUAGAUGAUACUGAAGUAGAUGAUUGGCUUCCUCGCUUUAUUGUUCUCCAUGGGGCAUGUUUAUUCUUAUAUUUGUCAUGUACAGAUCUUAGCCCUCAGGACUCCACCCUUUUAUCUGAUGUUGUUGAAGUAGGGCGCUUACCGAGUUUUAAACGUGAGGACGAUGAGAUGCGCUAUGCCUUCUAUAUUCUAACUCGUCAAGGACUACGGUAUGAGUGCUCAAGCAGUUCUAAAAUACAGAUUGAUUGUUGGUUAUCCGCUUUACAAACUGACUGCAAAUUGGAGCCUGAUACGUCAGUCCCUAAUGGUUCAGUCAACAAGUAACAUAAUGUACAGAAUGUUUGGUGAGUUUAAGAUGGGUUGAUUCUGAUCUACUUUGCAAAAGUACACUAAUUCAAUGAUUUUUAGGUGUAAAUAAGAUGGAAGUAAUUGAAUAGAGAUAAUGAAUUGUUUGUCAUUUCUGUCUCAUUCCAGAACUUAGUUUUAACUUUAGGUUUUAAUCAU